AUGGCGGAUCGGGCCAAAAUCCUUUCCACGCCCACCCCCGUGACAUCACGCUCCAAAGCCCAGCAUAGGGGGCGGGGCUUACGCUCAGAUCAAAGGCCUUUGCAACGUCACAAUAAAGGAGCUUCCAAAUCGAGGUCUUAAAUAGAGCCUUAGCAUCACUAUACUCUACACAAGUGAACCCCAAAGUUAUUCUGUCUAAAAUACCGCUGUCUCACAUUUAUGCUUUUGCAAUGGCACAAACAUUAACAAACUUCAACAAGGCCCUCCAAACGUCCUCUGUUCAAAUGCCAAACAAGGUACUGGCAGAUCUUAAAUUCAGAGCUCAAAAAGAACUAAAAUUUAGAGAGGAAAUGAAUAUGUCAGACAUAUUAAUUCAAAAUCACCAGCACAACGCUAAUCUUAGAACGCUUAAAACAUACGAGGUUCUUCGUGAGCAAAGAGAGCAAAUUAGGAGGAAAAAUAACCUUAAAGAAGUUCAAAAAGAAAUCGAGUUAAAGGAGCAACGGGAGGAAAAGCCGUUAGUGGAACACCUUGGACACGAAAAUAUAGGGAAGGCUGAAAGAAAAGCCAGGUUUAAGUCACUCCACAACAGCUGGGAGGACGCAAUCAGGCUAAAGGAAGAGAGAAUGCAGGACAAACAAAGGGAAAGUCGGGAGUGGGGUGAGGCUGGCAGGAAGGCUGACGCGAUAUUAUUGGCAAAGCAUAUGGAAGAGGCGCAAAAAAGGCGUGAAAAAUACAUUGAACUUUGCCAAUAUAAUUACGAGAGAGCCAAAGAAAAACGUGCUUUGGCUGAACUUGAGAAAGAAAUGGAAACACAGUAUUUGUUAAAGCAACGACGUCAGGCCACCGAGAACGAACGCCGUCGUCGCGAUAUGGAGCUGGAACUUCUCAAAGCCGCUCGUAAAAACAUCCCAGUUUUAGACAGAACAGAGGGGGAAAAACAUAGUGUUGUUUUAGAAAAGGAAGGUUCAGAUGACUUUCAACCAAAGCCAAAAGAACCACUCCUCCAAAGGGAGAAACGAGUUCAUUUCUUCCUUUGUCAGGAAAGCAGCAGCUCAGAACAAACAACAGCUAAAACGGAACAAGUUCAGCUGCCAACAAUUAAUAAAACAAACAGGCGUGUGUCUGUAGCUAAAGACUCACCAGCUAAUGAUAAAAAACUUAUUCCCCACUCUGUGGUUUCUCAGAAAACACGGUGUGCCCCCAUUAUUAAAAACCAAUACAAGGUUGAUGCACCUUACGCACCACGCUUAUUAGAGACGUGGGACAUCAACACAAAUAAAAAUUUAAUCCCACCCCUGCCUCCUCUUCCUAUUAAACCACAGAAAACACGGCGUGCCCCCAUUAUUACAAAUUAAGACAGGGUUCUUGCACCUUGCCUAUCACGCUUAU